GCAGGAGCAGGACCUCCUCUGAACGUGGACACGCAGGCGGCAGGAGCAGGACCUCCUCUGAACGUGGACACAGCCAUGGUGGUGUGUGUUCUGGGAGGAAAGAGCCUCUUAGGGCCCAACGUGUACCCAGAGGUCCCGGACGGAGGCUGGGGGUGGCUGGUGGCUGUGGCCUUCUUCCUGGUGGAGGUGUUCACAUAUGGCACCAUCAAAAGCUUUGGAAUCUUCCUGCAGGACCUGAUGGAGGAGUUUGGAGAGACAAACAGCCGAGUCUCCUGGAUCAUUUCCAUCUGUGUCUUUGUCAUGACCUUCACCGCUCCACUCUCUUCAGUGAUGACCAAUCGUUUUGGGUUCCAGCCUGUCGUCAUGACUGGAGGAUUACUCAUCGCCAUGGGAACCAUCACCACCGGCUUUGCCAAAUCCAUCAAUGAGAUGUACAUCACCACGGGAAUAGUUUCAGGUCUGGGCUACUGUCUGACCUUCCUGCCCACGGUGACCAUCCUCUCUCAGUACUUCAGUCAUCGACGGUCGCUGGUCACGGCUGUGGCGUCCACCGGAGAGUCCUUCUCCAUGUUUGCCUUGGCGCCCGCCUUCUCAGCUCUCAGAGACAGAGUCGGGUGGAGUUACACCAUGGUGGUGAUCGGAGCUUUACAAGGUCUGAUCAUCGUCUGUGGUUCUCUGCUGCGGCCCAUCGUCAUCAAGCCCCAAAGAUCCCACAUGACGGAGACCGAAGGACUGAAAAAGGAUGGGGCCCUCCACCAAAAUUCUCCACAAGUCCAUUCAGACUCAUUUCCACCCAAGACCUCCUGCAGUCAAGACGAAGAGCUGGCCAGAGGAGACUCUCUGAACUCUGGCGACUCUGGCGUCCAGUCUAUGAAGGAUGUGGAUGAGACCAGCAAAGUUGAGACGUCUUCCUUACAUGUGAAUAUUAGGUUAGAGGUGCUCCAGAAAUGGAUGGAGGAGGACAAGGUGACCAGAAAGGAGGAGAAAAAGAGUGCAGAUGAGGAGAAAGGUGGGAGCCAUGAAGAGAAAAUGGCCAGAGGAGACAAGGCUGCAUCAAUAGAGAAACCCAAGCUUCUGGAUUUCUCCAUCCUCAGAGAAAGCAGCUUCAUCUGUUACUCUCUGUUCGGACUGUUCGCCACGCUCGGCUUCUUCGCCCCUCAGCUGUAUGUGGUGGAGCUAAGCGUGAGCCGCGGCAUGGAUCGGGACCAUGCCACCUACAUGCUCUCCAUCAUGGCUGUGGCCGAAGUCUUUGGGCGUCUCUGCAUCGGCUGGGUCCUGUGCAGGAGGCGUUUGAGGAAGAGGAAGCCGUUGGUGCUCCUGGCAUGUGUUGCUUCAUUGACUGUAGUGCUGGUGGCCUUCACGCUGGUCUGGGAGUUUUAUGGCCUAGCUGUAUGCUGUGGCUUCUAUGGCUUCUUUAUGGGGACCAUAGCAUGCUCUCACAUCCCCAUGCUGGCAGAGGAGGACGUGGUGGGCAUAGAGCGCAUGGCCUCAGCCGCGGGGGUCUAUGUCUUCAUUCAGAGCUUUGCUGGGCUAGCCGGACCCCCACUGGGAGGUGUUCUGGUGGAUGUGACCCAGAAUUACGGCUCAGCGUUCUACUCCUGUGCAUUGGGUAUGGGUCUGGGCGCUGUGUUUCUGGGUUUGGUAAAACCAGCAAAGAAGGGAUUAAUCUCCUGGAGGAGGGAUGAGAAAUCCUCAGAAGAUGUUCAUGUUGUGAAAGAAAACUCUUUGGAAAAGAAGGAGGUGCAGGAACAUGACAAAGGAAGAGAAAGUCCCAAGGAUUACCUGGAAGUAGAUUCUGAACUCAACCAGGACCAGGAACUUGUCACAGAGAAUGGCCAGACAGUCAUUAUCUAUAAUUCAGAUGAAAAGCUCAGAUGUUAG